CAGUGCCAUUGUACCAAGUCGUUUCUCUCAAAGCACUGUGACAGAAGAGGGAGAAGAACAUCGGGAGGAGACUUUUUAGAAGUCAAUUUUUUCUUGAACUUUUUGCUUCCUUCGUGCUGAAGGGAGAACAACCGCAUACAGCCAUUGAGGGGCAACUAUUUCAAAGUAUCUCCAACCACAGGCAAAUGGAGCAAACCUAUGGCGAGGUGAAUCAGUUGGGUGGUGUAUUCGUCAACGGACGACCCCUGCCCAACGCCAUACGACUACGGAUAGUAGAAUUGGCACAGCUCGGAAUCAGACCCUGUGAUAUUAGUAGACAACUUCGUGUCUCUCACGGCUGUGUGAGCAAGAUACUAGCAAGGUACAACGAAACGGGUUCGAUUUUACCCGGUGCCAUCGGGGGGAGCAAACCACGGGUUACCACACCGAAUGUGGUGAAGAACAUAAGGGAUUACAAACAAGGUGACCCGGGGAUCUUUGCAUGGGAGAUCCGGGACAGGCUUCUUGCAGAUGGAGUUUGUGACAAAUACAACGUGCCCUCUGUCAGUUCAAUAAGUCGGAUUUUACGGAACAAAAUUGGAAAUCUUUCUCAGCCGAAUCAUUAUGAGAGCAGUAAGCAAGCGUCCACACAGGCUGGUCUCUCUUACAACCACAUAUAUCCCUAUUCAUACCCCAACGGUAUGUCACCCAAUGGCAAAAUGGGCAGCGGUCCCGGAGUACCAGUUACGGCCGGGCAUGUGAGCAUAUCGAGGGCCUGGCCGUCGGCACACACUGUCACCAACAUUCUGGGCAUCCGGGCCUUCAUGGAUCAUCAAGCUAUUGCGGGAGCAGAGGGUUAUGCACCGAAAAUGGAGGACUGGAGUAGUGUGAACCGAGCGACGUUUCCAUCCGCUCAUGCUGUUAACGGAAUGGACAAAACAACCAUGGAGGCAGAUAUAAAAUAUGCACAGCCUACAUCAACAUUAUCCAGUUACGUCCCAGCUUGUGCCUACUCACCUUCAAACCAGUACGGCGUUUAUAGUGGGCCAGCAGGUAGCUAUGUGACCCCUGGGCACCAUUGGCAGUCCCAGAGCUCGAGUUUGUCCCACCCAAGCAGCGGGAUGACGAUGCACGCGGGAGACAUCCACUCUUCAAUGGUUUUCAAACAUCCAUCGAGAGAAGGAGACAGAAAGCCCCCCAGUCCCCUAAACAAACAGCACCAGCACGAGGCGUUGAACAGUGUACACGGACUCAAUCUCCCUACCUCAUCCUCCUAACACCAGGGAGCUUAUGACGCUAACCGAGGACUCAUUUACAAUAGGCCUAUGUUUAUAAGCAGCCAGACCCUUAUCUAAUUGAGUGCAUUUCAAGAAUUCAACCAGUAAGUGCGAGUACUAUUUAUGAUAUAUUUGCCAAAGUGUUGACUAUUGAAUGGCCCAUAUCGUCUACACUUCAAUGGCAUGUCCUAUGCAUACAAAUGUAGCCAACCCAAAGACUGUACAAGCCAACCAUAGAUGUGGCAUUUGAAUGUAAACGUAUGAGGAUGUUGAAUUGUUUCGGAGCCCCCUGGGCAUUGGGCCUCAUACAGCGAAGUUGGUGGUUGGUGGUUUGUCAUCUUUUCAUUACAAUAUUACAUGUAUAGGCUGUAUCUGUAAAAUAAUGCAGGGUUUAAAUGCAAUAAUGUCUUUCAUUAAAGAAUCUGAUAUAGUCGCAUUGACAAUAUACAAAUCCUGUAGCCUACACUCAUUAAUUUAAAUUUGUUGAUUGGUUUCAAAUCUGGUUUCUGCAGACAAACUCAACGAUGUGAACAAAGUAAUAAAUUGUAGAUGUAAAAUACUUGCAAAAGCUUUAAUUAUAUAUUUUUAUAAAUCCAUUUGUAAAUAUUCGAAAUAAAGGCAUUGUAAAAGAGAACUGCUCCCGUCAUCCUGAAUAUGAUUAAACAGACUUGGCCUACUGCAAACCAUAGUGUUUACUUAGCGAUUAAAGCUCAGAUAGGCCUAAGCCCUUUUGUCUACCUGGGUUUUUACUUUGUACUGAUUGGUCCACAUUCUGAUUGUGCGCACAAGAUCAGACAUGCGCCUCAAACGUUAUUACAAUGUGUCUCUUAUCCGUCCUGUCUGAGUCCCUCCCCGUAGGGAAAUUAUUUGAUUGUUGAUAGAUAUUAAAUUAAGUUCCAUUUCCUAAUUUUAGGCUCUGUACAUUGUAUUUUCCAAUUUUUUUUUUACAUGCUAUGUAACAUUUUCCAU